AUGAAGGAGCGGACAGUGAACCCGACGACUCGCAAGAACAUUGCCCAAGUAUGCAUGAGCCUGCAAGACCGACUCGGCCUCGCCAAGGUCAAAUAUCAGCAAGGCCGACUGGGCGCUUCGGAUCUUCGAGACUUGCACAACCACCGCUUAGACCUUGACAAGCCCUCCCGUUCCUCCUCCGACAUGGCUUACAACCGCUACGAAACCCCUCUUAUAUCCUCUCCAGCAAGGAACGCAACAUUCUCUCAUGAACUCCCCAGAUCCGCAAGAAAUAAACAUGCAGCUACAUUCAAUCCAGAAGUGAUGCAGCCCAUGCUCAAUGCGAGUCGGAAGCGGGUACGAUCAAACUCGAUCACGGAUAGAUCUGCAAAAGCCCCCAGGUUAUCGUGGAAGGCUUCACAUCAACUCCCAGAAUCUUCUCCAGUUCAUACACGACAGUUACAGAUUUACUCCAACCACCCACCUGCUUUUGAUGCCCCUUCAUCUGCUUUCCUGGGCACCUCGGAUGAGGAAAACGAUCCGGAACUUCCAGGGCCUCGAGCUCACAAUGUCAGUUCUUCCAUGAUCAGCUCUUCGCCUCCACGGACGCCCACUCUACGAUCCGCUCGUCUGCCAAGGACCGACAACGAUAUCAAGAACGAGGAUGGCGCUGAUUUAUUGCUCUUCCUAGCGAACUCGCCGACACCGGCAAGAGUGAGCAAAACUCAGAUAAGAGACUUUCCUCCGUCAACCCCUCCAAGUCAAUAUGCGGCUUUGCCCGCAAUGACUCCGACUCCUGGGGGUGGACUGUUCGGGAACCUGGGCACUCCUAGCCAGCAAUUCAACUUCGCCGACUUUGUAAAUGUUACUCCCAGUCCUGCUCAGCGUCCAUGGGGAGGUCGGACUCCCGGAAGUCUAUCAAAGACUCCGCUUCUAAGGACUGCGAGAAAAUCUCUCAAUUUUGACAACCUGGUCCCUCCAGACAUGCAUAGUCCUGUUGGGCGUAACAAGGAUGCCGGCCUUGCCCUGCAACUUGGGGAAGAGUUAAGGCCAUGA